AUGGCCGAAGCACGCCUGCUUGCCUACCAGACAGAUGGCAUUUAUCGCCUGUAUGACAUCAAAACCAAGAAGAUCGUGAUCUCCCGCGAUGUUAUCUUUCAGGAAAUGCCACCCACUGAUCUACCGAAGCCAUCAUAUGACCUAGAUGCAGUCCACAAACCCUCAGCCGACCAGGCCAUGAACCGCGACGAAAUGGAGCGCCAGCGACGUCGCUUCGCCCCCGCUGAGUUUCUUCCAUCCGGCGAUGAUGAUCAUCCUAACGAAACCGACGAUAUCGAUCAAAUUGAAGACCAUACGGACCACUAG